CGUACGUGUGCGUCAGCGCAUCGUCGUGCGACGUAAGGCGGAAGUUGCGGAUCUCACAGCGGCUUUGGCAAAGAAUGGAUGAAGCCGAUGAAGACGGACAGGUUAUCAAACUUGGGAAACUUUCUGUAACUUGCAUUCAAGAAGAAUUUGACCUGACGGAAGCGCUUGAACUUCUUCAGAUUGAAGUAGAGCCUGUUGCCUUUAAAGAAUCCUGCACUGAAAAUGAGGGGCUUUACUUUUCUAAAAAUGUUUCAAGAAAGCAGAAAAAUUGGGAAAAGAUACUUGCUUCAAAGAAAAGUAAAAGAAAGGAAGAAAAACAGAGAAGAAAAUUAAACCAUACUGAAAGAUCAGUUAAUAGUAAUCUGCACAGCAAGCGUGUCUUAAAGGCAAUAACAAAGGAGCGUCUCAAUGAGGCACGGUCCGGUGGGGUGAAGCUCUGCAUUGACUUAAGUAUGAUGCAGUACAUGUCUAAAAAGGAAACUAGCCGUCUUGCUGCUCAGAUUCGGAGGUUAUAUGGCUCCAAUAAGAAGGCUACAAAUCCGUUUCAUUUGUAUCUCACGGACUUUUGCGAAGAUAGUCUUCUCUACAAAGAGUGUGUGAGGAUGAAUGAUGGGUUUUUGAACUACGUGAUGGAGAGAACUGAAGAAAACUGCCUCAAAAUAUUUCCACCGGAGUGCGUUAUUUACCUCACCCCUGAUUCGGAGAAUGCACUGGAAUAUGUUGACCCUGAAAAGGUAUAUAUCCUUGGUGGCUUAGUGGACGAAAGUGUUCAGAAGAGCUUAACAUACCAGAAGGCUCAAGAAUACCAGUUAUGCACAGCAAGAUUGCCAGUUGAGGAAUACAUGGUCAAAAAGGAGAAUGCCAAGAACUUCCACUCCCAGAUCCUAGCAAUUAACCAAGUAUUUGAUAUUUUAGUGGCUUUUUGUGAAAGUCACAGCUGGAUAGAGGCCUUUAAAGUUGGCUUCCCUGCAGGAAAAGGCUACAAUGUUCGUACUGAAUUAGUCCAAUGUAAGGAAUGACACCAAAAUGUAAAAAAAAAAACAACUGAGAUGUGCAGGUAUCCAUCAUCAAGUAAAACUACUGUUACCACCAGUCUGUACUCUACAAAAAUCAUGGAAAAUAGAAAGUAAAGAGAAUCCAUGAACAGGGUAAUUUUCUAGCGUCUUUAACACAACCUGAGCCAAAGUGACUAUAGCCAGACAACAUCAAUGGACCAAAACCCUCAUACUGUGGGCAGCACUGCAGAAGUAACUGAAAUACUAAGAGAGGAAGUUGGAGGAAUGGAGGUUUGAAGAUACAUAGGAAGAAGAUGAUGACAGAGUGUCUGAGGUUUUAAUGAUGAUCAGAAUUCAGAAGUUUGCCUGCAGGGAGAGCAACUGAAAAGAGGUAAGGAGUUUAAAUAUGUUGGACCAGUGGUAGGCCAAGAUGGAGAAUUAAAUUCAUUCUUCUUUUAUAAUCACAUAUGACCAAUAAAAUCAUGGGGUGCCCAUAAAAAAUGAAUUUAAUUUCAUUUAAAAUGCAUAGAUUCCCUAAAUGAUUCCAAAAAAACAGCUCUUACAAUUUGAAAAUGUCUCCAGUGAUAGCCGUUACUGAACAUACUUUUAUACGACGGCUCAUGUUCUUUCUACGGUUAAGCUGGUUUGAAAUUUCACUUUAACCUUUUGAAGGCUUUUUUAAAAAAAAAACAAAAAACAACUGCUAACAAAGCAAUGGUUUUACACUUAAAUCAGCUUGAAAUGUCUGUUGCUGCGUGCUGUGGCCACUAUCAUCUCUGGCAUCUCGACGGCUAGAAGGAAUUACGCAGCGGUCUGGCUUCCUGGCUAUCUUGGUGUGGUGGUGGCGGCGGUCGCAGUGCGAUGCGAUCUGAUUCAUAUCUCUUGUCAUCGUAAGUGCCGGUAUUCUCCUAAGCAAACAUUGCCAUCGGCACAUAAGCUACGUGAACAUGUUCAUCACUACGGUCAGCUGACGCCAGUACCUCACUUUCAUUUUCGAUCUCCAUCUCCAGGGGCCUCAUG